AUGCCUCCUCGAACGCGGUCUGCACUGGAUGCGAGCGAACCGCGGCAGACGCGGUCGCACACGAAGGGAGUUCAGAAAGUUUCGACUGCCUCAGAAUCGCGUCCUCGCAACUCCGCGAAGAAGAAGAAAGAUGUCUCUCCACCAAAAGAUGAAGGUCACCCAGCCACAGAUGGAUCAAAGCAAAAGAGCUCUCGUACGAGCAAAACUACUGACGUGGCCGAUGAAGAAGCUGCAGAGUCGGUUGCGCAACAUCAAGGGAAGGCGAAGCUACCGGCGAAGAGGGACACUAAGGCCAGGAGGACAUCCCCUUCCGACUCCGAUGGUGGUGAUGGCAAGUCUGUGGCACCGGCGAGCGAGGAUGAUGGCAUCGAUGCACCCAGCAACAAUGACAAGGACACGAAUCUCGACUCAGCAGAGCCAGAUGCUCACGCGGCUGCCAACCUGCACAGAUCGGUUGAUGAGGCUGAUGCGUACAACGAGGACGAGAGCAGUGAAGAGCCAGCCGGCAAUGAUGGACUUCAUGAGGAACAUGGAAGGACAGAUGUAGACAGAGGUGGAGACCAAAGAGUGCCCAACACCGAAGACUCGGAGGACGGCGCCAUUUACAGUGACACUCAAACCAUCGAUGAACCCAUGCCCGGGAAUCGCGACCGCAAGUUGGUGCUACGCAAGCCGACAAAAGCGAACCAGCCAUAUGUUAUGCUCCCUAAGCUACGUGACAUAAGACACAAGCAGGACACGACCCAUGAUGCCGUCAGGAAGCAGCAGCCUCAAGGACAAAUUCCAGAUGAUAGUAUGUCUGAUGGUGGCUCGGACGGGGGCUUUGCACUGUCAUCAGAAGGCGAUUAUGAUAUGUCGGAGUACUCGGGUAGCGACUACAGUGAGACGAAGAAGGUCGAGCUGAUGAGACGCGAGAACCAUCUGCGACGUCAUCAAGAAGAUGUUAAUACUGAGCAAGAUGAUGACUUACUCGACAAGGAGAUGGUGGAUGACGUUGUCACCGAACUUGAAGUCCAUGGACUGCACGCACGCACCCUUGAAAAGCGGAAUGAUCUUCGCAUGCACAGCCGGACCGUUCAUGGCAAGGGGAAGCAGCACGUUGUGCAGCUUGAUGAGGCUGAAGAGAUUGCUGAACAAGAGGCCGUGGCUGGCAGUGCCAAUUGGCAGAAGAGUACGGGUCCAUUCUCGAAGCAAGCAAGGGCUGCCGCGGUCACCUUUGGAGAGGUUGUAAUGCGUGAGGCUGAGAACCUUGCACAGAAGCACGGCAAAUCCACCCGGGACGUCCUGAUCCUCGCUGGAUUGUCGUUCAAGCCCUCGCACGCUGCGAAUCCUGCUAACAAGUAUAGGCAGUGGUAUUCUUACCACCAUCCGAAGGCGGACAAUGUCACCACUGCGGACUACCUGAAGGAGGUUAAUACUACUUACAAGAAGAUGUUUGAAGGUGUCGACGGUCAAAAUGACGAGCAACGUGCACUCGUCAUGAAGCUGAUUCUCGAUUUCUGUGACUCGAUCGAGAAGGAUCCCAGCCUGGCGAAGCACUCUAUGCAGUCCAUCACUGCUCGGAUGUUGAGUGCGAAGGACCAGUUUACCGCGUUGGCCGCUUCGUAUCGCAAUCUGGCUGACAUGGAAGUCGUGGGGGCCAUCUUAUACAUGGGAACUGAUGCUGGCGGAUGGCAGACAUCCGCGAUUUUUGGUGGGUCUUCUGCAGUGAAGCGGUUGAUCGAAGAUAAUCAAGUGGAUGUACGGAAGAUGGUGGACGAUCUUACCACCGCCAUCAAGGCUGUCAAUCUCAACGAGGGAGGUUUCUCGCUGCCAUCGUCAUUCGGUCGGGUCGACGUCAAUGCUCAGGGAAAUGAAGCACCGCGUGAUCAUUUUCAUCGAGUGUUCAUGGCCAUGAUGCAGCAGAACUUGCAGAAAUUUGAGGAGGCCGCCACGAAAUGCGUUCGCUGGAAAGACUGGAUGAAGACGGCAUCGACAUACAAGCUCUGCAUCGUGGACUGGCCGCCCGCUAUUCUCGCCCUGGGCCCCGACUUCGAGUUCAGGAGCUUGAAUGCUGCCGAGUUGAAGGUCCUCACCGAUGGCUUCAUUGAGGCGUGCCAGAAAGGGAGAACAAAUAUCCCAAUACUGCACAUAAUACGAUGGGAUCAAGCUGACAUCGACCUACCGGAUGACGAUCCGCGCAAGGGCAAGGGUCUCGUCACCUUGGUGAAGGACACCAAGGGUAAUAGGCUAAGAGUCCUCCGUGACAUUGCCGGUUGGGCCAGGAUUGUCGCACAUGCUGCUCCGAAGGGUAGGUGUCGCCAUGUCAGCCCUGUGGCUCUACCUUCGUCAUCUGAGUCUGAGGAGCUGCCAACCCCUAAUGUCCGGCCGGUGCGAGGAUUGCCACCUAGAGCUAGAAGUGUGGUUCCUGCCAGGACCAUCAAUACUGACAUUGCACCGCCGCGCAAACACCGUCGUGAAGCUUCGUCCGAUGGGUCGGACAUUGAGGAGAUCUCGCCGACACGCAAGACACUCGGACAUAAGCCCCAAAGUAUUCAAGGCUACGAGGGUCCAGGUCAGGCCAGUCGUCCUCCUUCACGCAAUCAUCAUCCUCGCUAUAACGAGCCAUCGACUCGUGGCCGUGACGCUCAAUGCGUAUCUCGUCAUUCGAGAGACCACGAUGGCGGCGCAGCUCACAGCAACAAUCUGCACAUUAUGGCCAGAGCUCGGAUGGGUGAGGCUUCCAAUUAUCUCGCACCACCUGGCCAAGUGUUCCCGUUGCCACAAGAUGAACAAUUCGGUGGCGGCGCCCAAUAUCCUCACCAGGUACCCCCUCACAACUCUCUGGUCGGACCCGCUCGCCCUCGAAUUCCAUCGGCAGCCUCGUCGCACAAUGAUCAUGUGCCUUAUUCAUAUGCAGAUCAAUAUUCCUCGCGCCUGCCCCAACAACACCUGCGAUCCAUACAAGGUCUUCUGCCUCCGCCGCAUUGGCCUCGGGCUCCUACGUCACAGCUGCAUGCAUCUCAUCGUUCGCAAGACUUCGAUGCAGCGGGGAACGGCCAGUGUCGUCGCGAUGACCAGUCCACGCGUGCAUCUGGCUCCAGGCCAUCUGCGGGUACCUCAGGUGCACUUCACGGUGCUCAGGCGGACACGUCGCGUGCCCACCGUGUAGCCACUUCUUUGCACGAAUCUGAGCCUGGGCCAUCUCGCAGGGUGGAAGUUGCUCACCCUUGUCAACGCGUGGUAUCUCCCAUCUAUGACGAGGGUGGUUAUGAUGACUAUGGCGACUUAUUUGACGGUGAUGAUAAAGGUAAUGACUGGUACCAUGAAUGCUAG